GUGAGCAGAAUCGUUCCGACACAGGCGCUGGUGGCCGGUGCCAUYGUGCUGGUGCCGCUGCUCAUCACGGCCGGGCUGUACCUGCGCAUCACGUACCAGGUGCACGUGGCCCGGCUGAACCCGAGCUUCAAGCCACCGCUAGCGUUCAACUGGGACUACUCGCUGAUGCUGGCCAACGCGUACAGCUUCGUCAUGUUCGUCGUGUUCUGGGCGCCRUUCGCCGUCGUCCUCGCGCUGGCCAGCGUCCAGCGGCUGUCCGCUCAGAUGUUCUACAACCUCGCGUGGCUCGCCCUCAGCAAGUCGUGCUUCAACAACCUGGUGUACUGCGCCGGCAACCGUCACUUCCGCAACGCGUACGUCAACCUGUUCCACUACUGCUGCUGCAAGACGACGGUGACGUUUUCGCGACGGGCCCGCGACGGCGCCAGCCGCCCGUCCGGUGACGUACGCGUCCACAUCAUACCCGGCUACAACAUGUACUCGUACACCAGCCCCACCAG